AGGUUUAACAUUCGAAAAAACGUAAUGAAUCUGUUUGUACUGGAUUGAAGCUUAAAGAAGCAAUUCUAUAUGUUCAAUCUAGGUGUUUCGCUAUGGGCCGAGGUUUGGUUGAAUGUUAAUGGUUAUCAAGGAAACAAUGUUGGAGCGGCCGAAGUCGUGGUCGUUGUAAAGCAUUGACUUUAAAGAAAUGAUGAAAUACUUUUAUUUUGAAAGAAUUUGUGUUCAAAUUGUUAUGAAAAUCUGAUGGCUUAAUUAAGACGUCACCCCUGCAGCUUUGCAGCCUGGCCAAGGCAGGGCCAACCAUCGUUUCCACUUAAAACCUAACACAAUGAGCACAGCCAUGGAUUCCAGUAAUUCGUUCAAUCGACCGGGAUCCCAUCAGAAUGCGCAACAUCCCAAUCCAAAUCAUCCUAUGCACCACAAAAACAGAAAUUUUAAGCUCAUGAAUGACCCAUUUUUAGCCAAGGGUGGUGUAAAAACAUACCGAUAUGAUGGUGUCCCUAUCGAUGCUACACAACCUCUUGUUAUUUGUCGAGAUCCACGUUCAGCUCUUACCAGAAUUUGGGCCCGACUAGACCAACUUGAUCUUCCUAUUCCUAGGUUUAAGAUUGAUGACAACUAUGUUGGUGAUCCUCCCCCCGUAGAAAUUACAAUUUCUAAUCUUAAUGAUAACAUAGAUAAAACAUUUUUAGGUGACAUGGUUCAAAAAUUUGGUGUUGCUGAAGAGCUCACUAUAUUUUAUCACCCUUUAUCAAACAAACAUCUUGGUUUGGCUCGAGUAGUGUUUGAGCAGACCAAAGCUGCAAAAGCCUGUGUGGACAAACUGAAUGACACGUCUGUCAUGGGCAAAGUUUUGAGAGUUUUCCUAGAUCCAUUUGGAAAUGAGUGCCGGAAAACCUUUGAGUCUUUAACAGAAGAAAAGAAGGAAAUUCCAAAGGAAAAAGAGAAGGAGAAAGUCAAAGAGGAGGAAAAGGAAGAGAAAAAGGUUGUCAAGAAGCCAUCUAAAGCUCCUGUAGAGCAUGAGGCUGAGCCAGCACCCAACCACAAAGUGGAUGUGCAUAGAUAUGACAAUGCUCACUCAAGACUUCACAGUGAUUAUCCUACACCCUCCAGUGAUCAUGGAUACCGAACAGGAUCAAGCGAAAACAGUUCAUACAUUGGUACUUCUGAUAGGUCAUAUAAUCAGUAUCCCCAUUCAACCCCGGGGUCCGCUUCAAACCACUCCUCUCAGCACUACCCUCCUUAUGACUUUCAUAGUCAUUAUCCUGUAAACUACCACUCCCAGCCACCUCCUGGUUACCCACCUGGCCUUCCCCCCACUGCAAACCAGUGGCCCCAUCAAUGGCCACAUCCCCCAGACGCGAGAGCAAUGAAUCCGAAUCCGGCUCUACCACCAGCAAAUGAUGUUCAUCAGUGGAGUGGUUACACCGCGGGCACUGAUACUAGAAACACGUCAAGCAAGUCAAAGAAGAAAGAUAAAUCAAAACGGAAAGGUGCUGAUGCUAACACUGAUGAUGGCAAACUUGAUCUUGAUACCAGAAUAGAAAUGUUAUUGAAAGGGAAAGUAGGGGUAGCCCCUGCUUUUCUUCAGUUGGGUAUGAGCUCUGACGAGGAAGAUGAUCAACACCGAAGUAAAGUUGCCUCUCGGCGAUCCUCCAGUUCUUCUCGGCACCAGAAGAGACAAGGGAAACAUAAAAAUCAUGCAACAUCUAGUGGUGAAUCAGAUGGAGAAGCCAAGGAAGCUGAAAAAUUAAAUGAGGUUCCUGAAGCACCGAUUGAAAAAGAACCACUGUCAACCCCUCCAUCACCUUUUUUGACUCAAGAAAUAUAUUUACAGUGUCAUCAGGAGUAUGUUGAAGUGCUUUUGAAAGAAAGAGAGGAAAGAUUAAAUCACAAAUCAUCAAAGAGCAAAUCUCAAAACAGUACCAAAAAAUCAAAUGAGGAGCUUCACAGUGAAAUCAGCAGCAGUGAAGAUGAGAUUUUGACUGGUGGUGCAUGCAAUAAUGAUGAUAGUCAGCAAUCACAAGUCAGUUGUGAUGAUGAACUUAGUCGAUUAGAUGUAAUACCUUCUCUAACUUUUAACAAAGGUUCAGAAGAUGGUCACAGAUGCACCCCAUUACAAGAUGAACUGAAUGGUCAAGAUGAUGACAGAAUGUCUCUGUCAAGUUUAAGUUCUGGAGAUGAGAAAAUAACUGUAGAAACUCCUGUAUUCACACCUCAUGUCCCACCACCAGCUAUCCCAACCCAUCUACCUCCACCAACCCAUUUACCCCCUCCCCAUUUGGCUUCAUCCUAUCCACCACCGGGUUAUGGCUAUAGUCAACAAGUACCAUAUUAUCCUGGACAACCACCACCACCUAACAUACCUUAUGGUACCCCUUAUCCUGCCUACCCUGUACCACCUGGACAAGAUCCAUCAUAUUACAAUCUUGCUUAUCAGGGUUACCAGACAGGUGACGGACGCUAUCCUGUUCACUCCAGUGCUUACACUCACCCAGCAGCUUAUCCCUACCCUGCGUAUCCAACCCAGGCUGGUAUGCCGGGUCAAGAAAAUGAGCAAGGUCACAUAAUUCAGGGAGUAAUUGACAAAGUUAUAGCUGAACUAAAAGCUAUAUUAAAGCGAGAUGUCAACAAAAAAAUGAUAGAGAACACUGCUUUUAAAUCCUUUGAGAGUUGGUGGGAUCAGGAAGAAAGUAAAGCCAAAGCUUCAUCAGCAGAAAUUGUUGAGCCAGGAAGUGCUGAAAAGAUUACUAAGCCAUCCACUAUUUCCACAACUCGCGAGCCAGUGGAGACGACUAGUUUGACUGGGUUUGGUUUGGGCUUCAGAGCUGCAAUUCCCAAAAUGCCAUCAUUCAGGCGGAAACGGAAGGUUCCUUCUCCAACUUUAGAUGAAGAUGGUUCCUCCAGACCUGGUGCCCUCAGUGAUGAAGAGAUUGUGAGGCAGUCUGAUUCUGACUCUCAGACUGGAGCAUCUACUUUCCGACGGGAGCGGCGAGGCCGAAGAAUCAUCUCUGAUGAUAAUGAGCCUCCUAAGCGUUCUUCGUCAUCAUCAUCGUCGUCAUCCUCAUCAUCUUCUUCUUCUUCCUCUUCGUCCUCUUCUUCAUCUUCAAGCAGCCGAUCAGCAAGUCCUAGUCUUAAGUCUAUUUCAAGUGCAAGUAAUCUGAGUUCAGAUUCUAGUAGCAGCUCUGAAAGCAGUGACACUGAAGAAGAGCCUGGCUCUACUGUUGAUUCUGCAAAUGAGCGGCUUGCUAAGAAACUUGCUCUCCUCGAUCCUGAAGAUCUAGAACUUCUCAGAACAUUCAGAGAGAGUACGCCUGAAGGAAGCCAUACCCCUAUUCCUGACGAUGAUUCAGACACAUCAGAUAGAGAAAUGGUCUACAGCAAAUUCGGUUCUGUAUCUCAUGUUGACGAAUCUACGGACGACGCCUCUGAAACGGAAGAGGCCAUGGCAGCACUUGAUGAUACGAGAACACCGGCACAUACAACUCAAUCAUUAGCUGUCGCAGUUUCUAGCGCAACAAAGAGUGCAGCGAGUGUGGACACCAGUGUAACUCUGACAGCAUCAUCUCCAGCUCUCAGUCAUGGUUCUCCUACAUCACAUGAAAGAUCACCUCUUGCAGAUGUCAGCAACUCUGAUUCAUUUGCAAUUGAGGCACUUAUGGCUUUGGCUGGGUCUGAUCAAAAGACUUCAACCAAAAUUGGUCCUGAAAUAGUAUCUGGUAUCCGCAAGAUUGAAAAAACUGUCGAUGAUGAUAGGAGGCUUUCAUCUAACAUCAAUGGUGUGUCUUCUACUCUCUCUAAAAACAACACUAGCAAUAGAAAGGGGCCUGCACCCCCUCUGUUUGUGGAAGAUGCCAGGUCAAAGUGGGAAAAUGCAUUUGAUGAGAACAAACCAUUCAACCAAAGGGGCUAUGAAAGAGAUGUGGAUCGAUAUGGUGAAAUAUCCCAUGUUCCACAAACUCAAAUAUCAUUGGAACAUUCCUACUCCCUCCCACCAGAAAGAGACCCCUCUAGUUCUCCACCUAAUUCAAAUAAACAUUCUCACAAAUUAUUUAAUCAUGAUCAUGGAUACACUUCAAAGAGUGCUGUUCCAACAAAACCUCUUACUCCUAUACUGGAUGAUAACUACUCUGGUUAUAAAGAAAUCGCACCCAAGAAGCGGUCUCCCAAGAAGCCACAGAGAAGAGCAGAAAUUGAUAAGUUAUUACAGGCCAACAAAUUGUUCAGGCAACCUGUUUUUGUACCUGAAAAACCGGUUGUGUUUACUGAGAGAUCAACAAUGGAAGAAAUGCAGGUUCUUUAUGAAUUCUUGACCAAGGGAAUUGAUCCCGAGGACAUGAACUAUCUGAAGAGGAGUUAUGAUUCCAUGCUUGCCAGCGAUGCUGCUGGGUAUUGGCUCAAUGAUACCCAUUGGGUUGACCAUUGUGCUACUGACCUGUCAUCUUCUCCAUCUAAAAAGCGUAAGCGAGAUGACGUUCGAUUACACACUACAGGCAGUGCAAGAACUGAGGGUUAUUAUAAAAUGGAUGUUAAGGAGAAGAUGAAGUACAAGUAUCACUUUGCUCAAUCCGUUCAACCAGCACAAGUUACAGCUGAGGACCCUAUGAAAAAUAUCAGUGCAAAGAUGCAAUCAUCAUCAAGAGAAGCUAGAAAUAACCAGCGCAGGUUGCUUAAUGCCUUUGGACUUGUAACUGACAGUGAUCUGCUGAAAUUUAACCAACUGAAGUUCCGCAAGAAACAAUUGAGAUUUGCCAAAUCUGGUAUCCAUGACUGGGGCCUGUUUGCCAUGGAACCUAUUGCUGCUGAUGAAAUGGUGAUUGAGUAUGUUGGCCAAAUGGUACGACCUAUUGUGGCAGAUAAUCGUGAACGCCAAUAUGAAGCUACUGGAAUUGGAUCAUCAUACUUAUUCCGUAUCGAUGUAGAAGCCAUCAUUGAUGCUACCAAGUGCGGGAAUCUUGCUCGCUUUAUUAAUCACAGUUGUAAUCCCAACUGUUACGCUAGAGUCAUUACCAUUGACAGUCAAAAGAAAAUUGUAAUCUAUUCUAAGCAACCUAUUGGUGUCAAUGAAGAGAUAACAUAUGACUACAAGUUUCCUUUGGAAGAUGAAAAGAUUCCUUGUUUGUGUGGAGCUUCACAGUGCAGGGGUACCCUCAAUUAGAUUAGUUACCUCUAUUUAUAUUUCGCAAAUGUUUUCUGCCUUCAUUCCCAUUUUGUUGGAAUCAUUUGCCCAUUCGGUCUCUGAUUCAAUUUACAUGAUGCACUUUCUUUCGGAUUGCAUUCUUGAGAAUGGUAAACUAGUGCUCCCUUGAUUGUGUUAGUAUUGGUAGAUAAAAAAGGUGAAAUCGUUUUCUUAAAGCAUUUGCCCCAAAAUGUUUUGGAAUGUAAGAAUAAGUUAGUCUAUUGCUUCAGCAAGUCUGUGAUAUUACCUAAGUAGUUGCAUUAAUGCUACAUUGUAUGCAACAUUUUAAAUAGUAAACUGUAUGUCAUCUUUCCCUAUUUUCACCAGCAGAUCUUUUUUCUCAUUUUUUUUCUUUGUAUGUGUGAGAAUGAUGUGGCAUAUGUAAUUUUUGUUGUUCUUUUGAUGGUGUAAGUGUAAAUCAAUGUUUCUGAGAAUUUUUUACUUGCUUUGACUCUGAUUAUGAUUCAGUUUGGAAUAACUGUCAUUUGUUUCAUGAAGUUCAGCUACACAGUACUAACUGUUAAAAUUUCCGGGCCACAUCAGUAAAAUUAUUGUGAAAACUGAAUUAUAAUUUCCUUUGACAUGUAUUCAUACCUGUAUACGUGCUUUCCAUAAUUGUUGAAAUGUGGAAAAAAUGAAUUACCUAGCAUGGCUUUAGUCAUUUCCAUCAGAUGUGUUAUUUAUUUUGUGUGCCAUUGUGAAAUUUUGCAUGAACUAUCUCUUAAGAAUAACUUGCGUGUUGUGCCUUUUUCUUAAUUAUGAAUAGAAAAGCAUUUUACUAAGAUGCAAUUGUCUAGGAAUUGGCAUUCUGUUUUGUAUGAUAGUUUGCAUUGAUUGUUUCUUAUUCCUGCAAAUCAUGUCCUGUUCUAGACAGUCGAACCCUGUGAUAUUUCUGUGUGACUGUAUUAGGUACAAACAUUGCUGAUUUCACUCUUGACAAGGAGCCUUAAGAGGUCAUCUGGACUAAGAAUCUCAAAAACCACAAGUUUUGAUGUUAUCAAGGAAUUCCCUUAAGUUGCAGUUAAAACUUUGCUCAAACUUGUAAGUGUUGCCAGGAUUUUUCAACUAAUAAUUUAAGUUAAAUUAUCCUCUCCUGUCAACAGUUCCUUCACUAUAGCCAAGUCACAUGGUUAAGACAGUGGGGCUUGUUCUGUUUAAAUCAAGCGGUAGAGUUUUGUCAUGGGCUUACCUCUGAUCUUUACCUUGGCUAUUUCAUUUCUGUGUAUGAAUGAGCCAUUUGGCCUCUGUAAUUCAGUAUUAAUAAUGAAGUGGUACCUAGGGUUGACUGCCAACAAAUUAUGAAAGUACUUGGCUCAUGACAGAUUCGUAUCAAAUCAUUGCUCUUCCACUCUCAGGGUCUUAUGUGUACAUAUGUAAUUAUAAAGUAGAGUAAACAAAAAAUUCGAGUCAUCCCUUUAGAGGUUUCUCAUGCACGUGGCAUAAGCUCAUGAAUGAAAAACAUCUUCAGAGAAUUUCUAGCUUAGCUUUUUUAAGUUUGCUGGUUGUUGUAAUAAUAUUCCUUUUUUUAAAAAUAAAUUCUGUGAGAACUUAUUUUAUCUUAACAGAAACUUUAGAAGCUUUUGUUGAGUGCAGUGUUAGUGAGUAUGUGAUUUCAACUGCACAUUAACUUGCUGUUGGAAAUCAUAUUGUUAAAAUUAUUAAGUCUGCUACAAAGAGUCUGGUGUUGAUAGAUGAUCAGGUUGAAACAACAUCCCUCCUUGAUUGUGUUGUUUGUACUUCUUUGACUGUUUACUUUCAUAAAUAUUCAUAUGAACUAUUGUACAGUAAAUUUAUUUAUAGGUAACCCUUCACACUUAAAUACUGUUUUUUAUAAUGUUAGCUGUGAAAUUGUACAUAGACAUACCAAUCAUGAUUGUAUAUUUUCUGUGGUCUCCCUUUGUAAGGGAUGAACAUACAAAUAUUAAAAAAACAAAUUUACAAGAAA